AACGAGGAAUCCAUAAGAUGGCUAGAGCAAAUUACUAUAUUACCCCAAUAACUGCUAUUCUCUCACCGGGUCGUUGCAUUUUCUGCCUCCCUCAUUUCACUGUUUGGCAAAAUAAAAUUAGGGUUGGCAGCAGUCUUACCUCUCUUCCCCUGCGUUUCCCGACUCGGUCACUGACUCGACUUUGCUCAAACUCAAUGAAUCAUAUAACGUGUGAUGCCGCGGAUGAGGCUGCCAAUUCUCAGAAAGAUGCCGGGAAAGGUGAAAAGCCGGAGGAUGUGGUGGUGCAGUAUGUAGUGUUGCGGCGAGACCUAAUUGAAACGUGGCCGCUGGGAAGCGUUGUUACUCAGGGAUGCCAUGCCUCCGUUAGUGCAAUUUGGUCUAACAAGGAAGAUCCUCACACGCUUCAGUAUUGUAGCCCUGAAAACAUCGAUUCAAUGCACAAGGUUACUCUUGAAGUGAAAGGAGAAGCACAGAUAUUGAAUUUGUCAAAGAAGCUCACCGCUGGAGGCAUUGCUCAUAAGCUGUGGAUUGAACAACCUGAAAAUAUUCCUACCUGCCUUGCAACUAAGCCUUAUCCCAAAUCUGUUGUUUCAUUGUUUUUCAAGAAGUUGAAACUCUGCAAGUGAUUUUCUUUUUUACUUGAAUCAAUUUCAACCAAAAUUUCAUCUAUUGUUGCUUUCUGAUCUUUGCUCUCUAUUGUAUUUGAUUUUUGAGGUAUUGAUUUCCAUGACUGGAUUUUUCUGCUCUUUAAGACAUCCAAAUAUAAUUUUAUUUUUGUAA